AUGGAUUGCAAGAGCAUCAAUAGGUUGGAGCUGGUUGAACUGGAGGCUACUACACUUGGGGGGCCAUCGGUUUGGUGGCAGCUAUAUGACCCAGCAAGCUGGCCUGAUGACGAAGGAUACAGAGCUACCUGGGAGAUGGAGUGUGUUGAUGAUACUGUUGGCCUACCAGAUGGUUUGUUCACGAAAACCGGUGCUCCAAGUGAACGUCAUUGUCUCAUUGUUGGCUUGGGUCAAGCGAUGAAUGCUUGUCCAGCUUCCAGCACUCAUGGCCAGUUUACCGGCCCUGGGGCUCAACUUAACACCAUUGCUACCCUUGGUCCUUCUUCUGCUGGUGCUGGCACUUUCACUGCUGGGUGCAAUAUGAGGGAGCUGCACUAUUCCUCUGUUGGUGGCAGGCAAAUGUGGGACCUAGAAUUCAGUUGCCAACGGUGCCUUGACAAUCCCAGGGCAUUGGGAAGUAGAAGAAGCAAUGAUCCUCAGUCCUACCUGUGGCUGAUCUAUUACUAG